AUGCCGUACACAAUUCUUUAUAUUGGGGUACUGGACUGGGAACUAAAUAAAACGGACCCUCACGCGGAGGACAUUGAAAAGUACGUAAAAUCCCUUAACAGCGAGGCAAGAUUUGUGCAUUUCUAUCCUGUAACAGAGGGUUAUUUCGUAGAAAUCAAUGCUGACAAUAACUCCGAGGAAGGCCCUGAAUGUGUGAUUGUCGCUGAUGGCGAGCGAAUCCCUGCCGAAUCGAUUAAUUCCGUGUGGUAUCGCUGGGGAGUUGGAUGCCGUAAAAUAUCAGAGGAUGAAGACCUCCACAGUAAGGCUUUUUGUUGAUAAUUUGUAAGUAAAAACACCUUAAUCGACAUACGCUCUUUCCGUAUUAUAACGUAUUUGGUAAAACUUUGGGGCUUAUACGACAUAGUUUGGGACUCAUACGACAUAGUUUAGGCUGAAGUUCAGUUAAGAACACUGUAUUCGUAAUUCCAACGUAAAUGUUGUCGUAAAUGCCGCUCGCUACACAUGUACCUUUUUAAAUUUCUUCAAAGCACACGUGUACCAAAUGAAUACUCCACUCGGCCGUGCUUCAAAGCAAAGUGCAGCACAUUGAAUAAUUAACGAAGAUUGGGAUGAGGCUUUCGUUAGCCUGGGACAGGGCUCCGCCGUGGGGGAAAAAGGCAAAAAACGGGGUCAAAUAGGAAAACACCCUUUCCCCUCGCCAGACUACCUCUUGGCUCCUUUUGUUUUCGCCCACUCCGAUUUUUUUUCUCCUUUUUCCCCCGAUGCAGGGCCUGGGCCCAGGCUAGGCUUUCGUAUGAUCUAAUCCGUCGAGGCCGAUAACAGCCUCCUCGAUCUCCAUAAUUCUUCAGAUCAUGCGAAAACCGCAUCCAAUAGUUUAUUUGUUAUUCAUUUAAAAUAAUAUAUGCCUAGUUUAAACUACAAACAAAAACAGUCAUGCUUACCUCGAUCGACUUAAGUUGUCGUCUUCAUUUCCCUGUUUCUCGGCCAGUCAAGGAUUUUAAAGGGUGUUCAGUCCACCAGUUAUUCUUCAAAUAGCAGUUGUCUUCCGUCGAGUUUUAUAUUUUUCUGCUUUUGCUACAUUUUUAGGCAACAAUUCGGCUUUUCAUUUUCUUUUUCGCAAAACGUAUGAAAUUUCCGCCAUUUCUUCCAGCUCUACUAAAAAUCCACGCGUCAUCGUCCACAAGGCUCCUUGUUGUUCUUGUUUGCCAUCCCUUUUUCUCGCGUUAACCUUUCCUUUUUUAAUCGCAUACCGCUAACCUCUUUCAAAUUUGGUCAACGCUAGCUGGUUUCGAAGAAGAAGCUAAUUAAGAAAUUUGAGCCAAUCAGAAACGGGAAAAUAUUUUUAAAAAAUAUCAGUAGUAGAAAAUAAGAUGGUAUGAUAAACAGUACCAUUCCGAAAGGAAAAAAGUUUUUUACUCAACAGAAGGGAAUCAAAUCCCAUCUCAACGACAGUCCUAAUAGAAGUAAAAAAGCAACUUGGUGGACAGAUUUUGCAUUCACUUCUUCGUCCAUAUUUCAGCAUGUUCAAGGUAUCAAUCGGCCCCAGAAUAAGAACUUCUAUCCAGCUCAGGAAACGUUUCAAAAUUAGAUGUUUACAUUAAAACCGUAUAUCUACCAUCGAGAAUAUGUUAUUAACUGUUCUAUUUAUUUAUUCAUGUAUUGAGUUAUCAUCAUAAUCAUCUCGAAAGCCUAGAUUCAGGGAUAAUAGGUGGUGAUUUAUCCACAUGACCCAGAUAAAAAACGUCGUAAUUUUAUUCUAAUCCAACAGACGUUUGGUAACACAUAUUUAAAAUCUUAAAAUAAAAAAGGUACAAAAGUCCACCGAGAGAGAUUGCCAUUCAUUUUUGUAAUUUUAGCAUGCAUCGCCAAAGAUUUCGCGUGGAGAGAAUGGUGGUCAGUAGUCCGUUCCCUGGAGUUCUAUCUCUCUCAUGCGAGAUGGAUGAACCCACUAAGUUCUACGGGCAUUGUGGAUUGCAAGCCAUAUCAGUUGUUACUAGCGCAGGAAGUUGGGUUGACUGUGCCGAAAACCACCAUCACAAACAACCCGGAGGCCGUGUCAAAAAUGUUCGACAAGGCGGAUAACGGA